AUGGCGGAAAAACUCUCGGCCGAUGAUGUUCUAAAUACAGUAGGACGCAAAAAUCAAAAAAUCAUUUCCUGCAUCCUUCUCUGCGGCAUCACAUGGACUCCAAUUGCAUUCACCGCUUUUUGUCCAUCAUUUGUGCUAAAAUCGCCGGAUAAUUCCAGCUUUGUUGCAAUUUCAGAUGAAUUCGAUGUCACUGGUGAUUCGAAGUGGCUCGCCGACAGUACCACAACGUUCUACAUGAUCGGAAAUAUGAUCGGCGGGAUAUUCAUUCCACCUCUUGCCGACAAAUAUGGCAGACUUCCCAUAUUUGUGGUAACUUUGCUACUAAUGUCGGCUGCUGGCUGCGCUUCCGCCUUCUCAUUGUCACUUCUCUCCUUCUGCAUUCUUCGCCUGAUUCAUGGUGUGUUCUACACAGCCGCCGGGCUUGCUGGAUGGGUGCUUUGCUAUGAGAACACACCUGUCGGGCUUCGAUUCUUCACCUCCGUCUACUUUGGAAUCACUUGGGUCGUCGGUGCAUGCUUGUUAGCUCUUCUGGCCUAUAUUCUACCCAACUGGAGGAUCCUUAUGUUUACCAUCUCAAUUCCUAACGUAGUCAUUGCUGCCAUCAUUUAUUUCUUCGUCCCAGAAAGUAUCCACUAUCUCGCUUCGAUCCAUGACUCGGCCAAUGUUAAAAAAUGGCUGGAUUACGUGAUGGGACCACAAAAUAAUAUAGAAGCGUCGGAUAUUGUCGAAGAGCAGCACGAUGGAAAGACAUCGACAUUUGUAGGAUUGAUGCGGGAUAGUUGGAAGCACAAGAUCUUCCUCUUAUACAUUCUCUCAAUGGCUUAUAUCUGGAUCGUUGACACUUUCAUCUACUUCGGACUCUCGUUCUACUCAACCGAUCUUGCUGGCGACGUUUAUACCAAUUUCGUGCUGAUGAGCUUAGUCGAAGCUCCAGCCUAUAUUCUAGCUCCAGUAUUCAUGAAUAAGUACGGCCGGAAAACGUUGAUCUCCGGAACCCAUAUCAUAGCCGGUUUGGCAUUCCUUGGAAUCGUCUUGUUGCCGGAGACCUAUCAUCUCCAUUUCUGGCUUGUCGGCAAAUUUUCAAUCUCCUGCUCGUUCAUGAGCAUUUACAUGUUCGCUGGCGAGCUUUUUCCCACAGACGGCAGGAACAAGUGCAUCGGAUUCUGUGAAACGAUGUCAAGAUUCGGUGGAAUGCUUUCCCCAUACUUGGGACAAUUGGCAACAAUUUUCGCAAUGGGUCCCGCCAUUGUGCUAACCGUUAUUUCCAUAACCGGCGGCCUGUUAACCCUACUGCUUCCGGAAACCCUGAACACGAAGCUACCUUCAACAAUCGCGGAAUCGGCCUGCCGAAAACGACUGCUAGGACGCAGCUCGUCUUCAGACAGCUCCUCCUUAUAA